AUGGCCAUGUACUUCCAUGUUGGAACUACCUUUAUGGAGCACUACAACGACGAAACAUACUAUACCUCUCCGGUCUUUUUCUGGACGAAUAUCGAAAUCUCGCUCGCUGUCAUCCUUGCCUGUCUUCCGACGUUGCGUCCACUGUGGAUCAUUAUCCGAGGCAGGCCUAUGACCUUUGGCUCCAAAUCCUACGAACCCUACAGCUCCUCGAGACAGAGCGGUCGAUCCGCCCGAAACCAUAAGAGGAUUCCGGACACGAUCAAUGAGUUAGACACGAUCAACCUUGUCGAGAGGGGCGCUGAAUCUUGA